AUGCCCAAGUCCAAGCGAUCCAAGGUCACCACCCUCUCCAAGACCCCCGGCAGGUCCACAAAGGCCUCCAAGCAGGCCCUCGCCAACGAGAUCAGGGAAAACAUCGACAAGUAUGAGCACUGCUGGAUCUUCAGCGUCGGCGACAUGAGGAACGAGGGGCUCAAGGAAGUGCGAGCGCAGUGGAGAGGGACUGGCCGUUUCUUCUUUGGCAAGGGAAAGGUCAUGGCCAAGGCUUUGGGCGAGACCCCCGAAACAGAGUACCAAGACGGUCUGGCUCAAAUUGCCCGUCGGUUGAAGGGCCAGCUCGGUCUCUUCAUGACUUCCCACCCUGUGAAGGAGACCGUUGAAUGGUUUGAGUCAUGGCACAAGCCCGAGUAUGCGAGGAUGAACAUGAGGUCCACCAUGGACGUCUCCCUGCCGGAAGGUCCCAUUCUUACACCAUUCGCCGACCCUCCUUCUGGUGACCCUUUCCCUCACUCCAUGGAACCCCAGCUCCGUGCUCUUGGUUUGACCACCACCCUCAUCCGUGGCGUGCCUUCCCUCAACAACCCCCACGUGUUGUGCACAAAGGGCGAAAAGCUCACCAGUGAAAAGUGUCGUAUCCUGAAGCUGCUGGCCAUCCAGAUGGCGGACUUCCGGAUACAUCUGGGCUCCAGGUGGUCGAAGGAGGCCGGUUUCGUGGCUGGUGCGGAGCUUGAAGAGGGAUCCGAGGACGAGGCUGGGAUGGAUGAGGACUAG